UGAAGUGUGUGUGUGUGUUCAAAGAGGAAAAAAGACAGCCUCCGUCCUCUAGUGUGUAUAAUGGGUUUGUAGGAGCAAAACUUCUCCUGGUCGGACCAGUUUUUCCAGUCUGAUUGAGAAGAACACACAGAGAACAGCUCUUCCACACUGACACGGAGCGAACAUGGAGCAAUAAAACACAGAAACCCGCUUCAGAGGAGUCACACAAGUCGAUUUGAGAUCGAGGGUCUCUCAGGAUGAGUGCUCGAGCGCGGGCCGCUUCCCAGGGUUCCCUGGAGGACCCAGAUGACGAGGUGGUGCCCUACAGCGACGACGAGACAGACGAAGAGCUACAGUCGGAAGAUGAUCUGGAUCGCAGCGGAGAGCAGCUCCCAGAACCAGAAACCAGACCCCCACCUGCCGUCGAGCCCGGCUGGAGCGUCCGAGCCAAUGACCGGGAGUACUGCAAUCAGCCGGAGUUCAAGAAGAAGGUCUUCCUGUGCAUCAAGAAAAGCAAAUAUUCUGGCAAUGCAAUCAAGACGUACAAAUACAACGUCUUGACCUUCCUGCCACUGAACCUGUACGAGCAGUUUAAGAGAGCGGCCAACCUCUACUUCCUGUGUCUGCUGAUCCUGCAGAUCAUUCCUCAAAUCACCACGCUGCCGUGGUACACCACCCUGGUGCCGUUAGUGCUGGUGUUGGGCAUCACCGCCAUUAAAGACCUGGUGGACGACCUGGCACGACACAGGAUGGACAAAGAAAUCAACAACAGAAGGUGUGACGUGCUGCUCAAUGGCAGGUUUGAAGAAACCAGAUGGAUGAACCUACAAGUUGGUGACGUGGUCAGACUAAAGAAAAAUGAUUUUAUCCCAGCCGAUAUUCUGUUGUUGUCCAGUUCAAAUCCCAAUAGUCUGUGUUAUGUAGAGACGGCGGAGCUCGACGGAGAGACGAAUCUGAAGUUUAAGAUGGGACUCAAGGUGACCGACGAGCGUCUUCAGGAGGAGAAUCAGUUGGCCGGCUUUAAUGCGUUGAUCAUGUGUGAAGAGCCCAACAACCGUCUGGAUAAGUUUAUGGGAACGAUGAUCUGGGACGGACAGAGUUACGCGCUCGACCUGGACAACAUGCUGCUCAGAGGAUGCAAGAUUCGUAACACGGACGAGUGCCACGGCCUGGUCAUAUUCGCAGGAAAUGACACCAAAAUCAUGAGGAACGGAGGGAAGACCAGGUUCAAACGCACCCUGAUUGACAAACUGAUGAACUACAUGGUCUACACGAUCUUCGGGUUGUUGGUUUUGUUGUGCGCUGGUCUGGCCAUCGGACACACGUACUGGUACGAGAGCAUCGGCUCGAAGGCCUGGUAUCUGUACGACGGCCUCGGCUACUCUUCAUCUUACCGAGGCUUCCUCAGUUUCUGGGGCUACAUCAUCAUCCUCAACACCAUGGUGCCCAUCUCUCUCUAUGUGAGCGUGGAGGUGAUCCGCCUGGGACAGAGUAAGUUCAUUAACUGGGAUCUGCAGAUGUACUACGCUGACAAAGACACGCCGGCCAAAGCCAGGACCACCACACUGAACGAGCAGCUGGGGCAGAUCGAGUACAUCUUCUCUGAUAAAACCGGCACGCUCACGCAAAACAUCAUGGCCUUCAAGAAGUGCACCAUCACAGGACGCACUUACGGUGAUCCCACCAGUGCAGACGGUGUGGCCCUGGACCGUGGAAAGCCUGUGGAUUUCAGUUGGAAUAAACACGCCGACAAAAAGUUCCAGUUCGAAGACAGUUUCCUCGUUUCUUGCAUCCGUUCGAAGAAGGAUCCUCAAAUUCUGGAGUUCUUCAAACUCCUGUCCUUGUGUCACACCGUCAUGGUGGAGCAUAAAGGGGAUGAGUUGGUGUACCAGGCCGCGUCUCCUGACGAGGGCGCUCUAGUCACAGCCGCACGCAACUUUGGGUUCGUGUUCCUGUCCCGAACGCAGGACACCAUCACCAUCAUGGAGCUGGACCAUGAGGAGACCUACGAGAUGCUCGCUCUGCUCGACUUCAACAGCGACCGCAAGCGCAUGUCCAUCAUCCUAAAAUUUCCAGAUGGUAGAAUCCGUCUGUACUGUAAGGGCGCAGAUACUGUAAUCUACCAGCGACUGGAUCCCAACAGCAAGAAUAAAGAAACCACGCAAGAAGCUCUGGAUAUCUUUGCGAACGAGACGCUGCGAACUCUGUGUCUGUGCUAUAAGGACAUCAGUCAGGCGGAGUUCAAGGCCUGGUCUCAGAAACACCAGGCCGCCAGCGUCUCGAUGGGGAACCGUGAUGAGGCUCUGGACGAGGUGUACGAAGAGAUCGAGAAAAACCUCCUGCUGAUUGGAGCGACAGCCAUUGAAGAUAAACUUCAGGACGGCGUUCCAGAAACCAUCGCAAAACUGGCCAAAGCUGACAUCAAGAUCUGGGUUCUGACCGGAGACAAGAAAGAGACCGCUGAGAACAUCGGCUUCUCCUGCCAGCUGCUGACGGAUGAAAUGAAGAUCCACUACGGAGAGGAUGUGAAUGUUCAGCUGAGGAACAGACAGACCCAAAGGCGUAACGACCCUCAAGGACGCAACAAGAAGCUGAAGGAGCAGUUUUUCACAGAGUCCAGCAAGAACGCCCUCGUCAUCACUGGAGGCUGGCUGAAUGAGAUCCUGUAUGAGAAGAAGAAGAAGCGUCGUCGUCUGCGUCUGAAGAAGCUCAGGAAGCGCUACACCAACUCCAGCAGCGCAGCGGACAGCAGUCAGCCCGUGGACGACUGGGAGAAGGAGAAGAGACAGGAGGACUUCGUGGACAUGGCGUGUGAAUGCAGCGCGGUCAUCUGCUGCCGCGUCACGCCCAAACAGAAGGCCAACGUGGUCAGUCUGGUCAAACGCUACAAGAAAGCUGUGACCCUGUCCAUCGGCGACGGAGCCAACGACGUCAACAUGAUCAAGACUGCAGACAUCGGUGUGGGCAUCAGCGGUCAGGAGGGGAUGCAGGCGGUGAUGUCCAGCGAUUACGCCUUCGCUCAGUUUCGUUAUCUUCAGCGCCUCCUGCUGGUCCACGGACGGUGGUCCUACAUCCGCAUGUGCAAAUUCCUGCGCUACUUCUUCUACAAGAACUUCGCCUUCACCCUGGUGCACUUCUGGUUCUCCUUCUUCAACGGAUUUUCCUCACAGACGGCUUAUGAAGACUGGUUCAUCACGCUCUAUAACGUGUGCUACAGCAGUCUUCCUGUUCUCCUCGUCGGUCUUCUGGAUCAGGACGUGAACGACAAACUGAGUUUGCGCUUCCCGAAGCUGUAUCUCCCGGGGCAGCAAGGAUCGCUGUUUAACUACAAGAACUUCUUCAUCAGCUUGUUCCACGGCGUCUUCACGUCCCUCAUGAUCUUCUUCAUCCCGUACGGUGCCUUCCUGCAGACAAUGGGACAGGACGGCGAGGCUCCGUCGGAUUACCAGUCGUUCGCUGUGGUCGCAGCUUCAUCGCUCAUCAUCACCGUCAACCUGCAGAUCUCGCUAAACACCUCCUACUGGACCUUCGUCAACUUUUUCGCGGUGCUCGGCAGUAUAGCCAUUUACUUCGGCGUCAUGUUUGACAUCCACAGCGCAGGAAUCCACGUCAUCUUCCCAACCACCUUCACGUUCACAGGUGCGGCGUCUAACGCUCUCAGACAGCCGUACCUGUGGCUGACCAUCAUCCUGACGGUGGGCAUCUGUCUCCUUCCUGUCAUCUGCAUCCAGUUCCUCUAUCAGACCAUCUAUCCCUCGGUCGGAGACAAGGUCCAGAGGAACAGGAAGAAGUACGAGCAGGAGGAUGAGGAAGAGGAGAGGAAGAAGAGGAAGCCGACGUUCCAGCGCGGCGGACGCUCCCGUCGAUCCGCGUACGCCUUCUCGCACUCGCGCGGCUACGCUGACCUCAUCGCGUCGGGACGCAGCAUACGCCAGCGGCCGCGUGUCCGGCCCGAGCUCAGAGAGAGCAUACGAGAGGCUCCUCAGGCCGAGAACAUCUGAAACCAACCCCAGACACUCACUACUCUCCGCAGCGGGCCAAUAGGAAGAGGCCAAGUGUCAAUAAAGGGGCGGGACUAAUGAAAGAGCCAAUGGGAAAUGGGGACGAAGGGCUUUAAAGGGAAAGUACAAGUAAACACUCACCGUUGACCAGGAAUGGUUUUAAUGUUGUCUCAGGUUUUUUUUUUGGAGUCACAAUUUUGUCCUUUUUUUUUUUGUUGCACAGAUUGAAAGAGAGUGUAUGUUAAUGUGUGUUUCUAAUCUCACCGCCCAUUUAAAUCUGGUUUUGUACACUGCAGAUGGGUUUUUGUCUUGUUUUUCAUUACAAAUAUUGAAACUUUCUUAAAGCGAUACAUAUUUCGUUUAAGAUAACACUAUAUAUACACAGAGAAAAUAUAUUUUGAGUUGCGUUUAUUUUUCUCAUUAUUUUGACCACUUUUUCUUACUUUAAGAUAAAAUAAAUAAAUAAUGCUUAAAACCAGAAAAAUCUGGCUUUGAAAAAUUCUACUUAAUUUUAAAACAAUCUGUAAAAUUCAUGUUGUGCAAUUUUGCUUCUCGUGUCAAUUAAUCUGUUUUUUUUUCCUUAAACAAAAUACAUUUAUUAUAAAUAAAUAAAUAAAUACUGCGUAAAACCAGGAAAAAACUGAAAUGAAAAAAAUUAAAUGUAAUUUUAAAACUGUAAAAUCACAAAAUGUUGCUUCUCAUGUAAAGUCAUCUGGUUUGAUCCUCAAGCAAAUUCAUUUAUUUGAAAAACAAAAUAGCAUGAUAUCAAUUUCACAGAACGUUUGAAACAUAUUUAGUUUAAAAAGUUUUACAAAUGAAAUAUGUUGAUAUAUUCUAUUGAAAAACAAGGCUAAGAAACCGUUGCAGUGUAGUGAAAAGCGUUGAUUAUAUUUUUGCCCCUCUCUACAUUUAAAGAGGUUUAUGUUUAAAUGUGAACUCUGUAAGGAAUAAUCAUCUCGAUUUCCAAAAUGUCCAAGCAAACCUCACGGUGAAACGUCCUCACGGUUGAAUCUUUGCAGGGUGUGUGUGUCUCGUUCUCGACGAUGUUCAUUAUGAGCCGUGAAAGAAUGAAUGAAAAACUCAUGUUUACAAAAAUCCUACUAAAACUCAUCUCUUCCUCCAGACCUCCAAUGCCAGCAGAAACGGUUCUUGCUCAAUUUUUAAGGGUACGUCCCGUAAAACUGGCUUAGAGCGUCAUAGAUGAUUUUAAUGCACUCGCUGUGGUGUUUUCUCUGAUUUAAUAUUUCACCGUUCUUCUGUGAGCUCAUGUCAAAUGGGUCGUCUUGCCAUCAGUUGCUGACAGAAAUAUCUGUCUGCAGAAGAACAGCCUUAAUGACCAUUUGUUUUCUUCUGUCAUGGAAUUGACUUUGCACUUUGGUACAGGGACUUGGGAGGUGGAUGAAUCUUUCUCAUUUUAACCCUAGUUACAUGAGAACUGUUACAAGGUUUUUAAUAAUCUACCAUGUUAUGAUAUCAUUAAUGAGAAAACGCUAUUUAUUAGACUGGUUGUUCUAAAUGUGUAUGUUGAAUGAACAGAAAAGGCUUUAUCCAGCCAUAUCAGUCUGACAGAUUUACUUGUGCACGGCUCUAUGGAUUGUCUGUAUGUAAUGUACGGUAAUAAACUUUGCACAAAUGUCUAUAAAUAAAGAGUAAGAUGUAGAAUGUCU